UAUAAAACGUUAAUAAAAUAAAAAUAAGAAAAUGAAAAGUGUGAUAUAAAAAAGAAAUAAAAUUUAACUAAAGGACGCAUCUGAAGUGAAUUGAAGUAGCGAGUAUAAUGCUAUUAGAUGUAUGUACAAAAGAUAUAUAAAUGUAUUAUUCCGUGUAUGCAUAUAUAAAAACCUGGAAAAAUAACCGAGGGUGGAACUGCGACUGUAAAAGAAGAGUUUGCGCGUCAAGUUAUUCUUCCAUCGCGUUGGUAUACAUACGAUAGAUCUGCCUUUCAAAUAAGGAUUACUCAGUUUCAAAGAUAAAUUUUACGCUCCUCACAUACACACACAUAAACUAUUUUUUUUAUUACAUUUAAUAAAUUUAAUUAGUGAAUUUUCUAAUUCACUUUUUUAAUUACGUAGAAAAAUUUUCAUUAUGCUCAACAAUGAGUGAUUAAUUAGUAAUGGAUUAAAUUAUUAAAAAUUAUUCAUUGUUACGAAUAAUUCUAAUAUUCAUUUUUCCGCAUGAAUAAUUAAGAAAUAUCACCCUUUAUCAGCCAAUUCAAUGUAGAUUGCAUUCACAGUGAAUUUCUUAAAAAAAAAUUUAUUUUAGCAAGGGUCGUCAGAUAUUUUUGGCUGAGUUUUUUUCGGAAACAAAAUCUCUAAUUAAAAAUUACAAACUGCAUAUUGAUGCAUUACUGUUUAAGUUAGUAGUUCGUUUUAAUUUUUGGAUAAUAUUCAAUUGUUUAAGAGAAAAACUCGGCCAAAGUUUCCAUUUACUGUGCAAGUACAACAAAAAUAGUAUAGUUCGUGGACUUGAGAGUAAUAGAGAAAAAAGUGAAAACCCUUCUCAUGAAAAAAAAACGUGAUGCUAAAAAUUUUGUUAUUUAACUUAAUGAGCAGAGGUAUUGCUAAUCAGUUAUAAGAGAUUUAAUCAGAAAACCGCAAAUUUAUACAAUGCAAUGAUGACAUUUAUUUUUUUUUUUAUUGUUAUUGAUUAUCAUUAAUAACUACGUGCUACUUGAAGAUUGUUAUCUAGUGUAAUUAUAAGAUAAUAAAUAUAUUGAUUGCCGUAUCAGAUAACAUUUGUAUAUUGCAUGAGCAUUGCAUUUUUUUUCACUUGCCUUUCCAUCCGCUUAAAUAAGCAGAGCAAUAUUUUCAGUGACAAUAAUUUUAUACUAUCCUUUAUAAUACACUUGUGUCAAUUUAAACUUACAAACGAUUCCGGUUUGAAUAUUUGAAAAAACAAAUAAAAAAUGUGUUCAACUGUAAGUUUACUAAAUCGGUUCAAAACAGAAAUAAUACCAAAAGUACUAAAAAUAUCGAAUAAAGAAAACUAUAAAAUAAAAUGCAUGGAAUCAUCAAUCAACGAUACAUUUUCAUUAUCAAGUGUACAUUUUAUUGACAUAACUUUGGUGAACAACGAUAAAAUUAAUUUAGUGAUUAAAAUACCUCCAAAUUCAUCAGAUCGCUUAGAGCAAUUCGAUUUGAAGCAACUUUUCCGCAAUGAAAUAAUUUUUUAUGAAAAUUUUUCAAACCAUGUUGCGGUUCCAAAAUUUUUUUACGGUUUGGCAGCAGAAGACGUAAGUAAAAAUGUUAUUGUUUUAGAAAAUGUGACAAAAAGUGGUUUCAAAAUGUGUCCCGCCGAGUAUCACAUGCCUUUUCGUUAUGUGAUAAAUGCUGUACGCGAACUUGGAAAUUUUCAUGCAGCGCAUUAUGUAUUCAAGGAACGUAAUCCAGAUAAAUUUAAAAAAAUAGUUUGUGACAUUAAAGAAAGUUGGUUUGUAGAAGGUAAUUGGUUAGCAGAUAAAAUAAAAAUAGUUGGAAACAGACCCGUCGAGUGGUUACGUAAAAUAAACUAUGAUAGUAAUUUUUGCAAUAAAAUGGAGUAUUAUCUUGGUGACGCAUUUAAUAUGAUUAUACUUGAUGCUAUAAAACCUGUUGAACCACUAGCUGUGUUGUGUCACGGAGACUUCACACGUACCAAUAUGCUUUUCCGUGAGCUGUCUUGUGCUGAUGACGGUGACGAUUCUGGUGUUGACAAUAGUGAUGUAGAAGAAAAGAAAAGAUUAGAGGUAAUGUUAAUAGACUUUGGUAUGAUAAGAUACGCAUCCCCAUCAAUUGACCUCUCGACGUUACUAUACUUGAAUUGCACCUCGGAAGACAGAAAGAAUAGAUUCGAUGAGAUAUUUCUGGCUUAUCACGACGCACUACUGGAUUAUCUUACUAAAGCUGAGUUAAUUGACCUGAGCCGAUACUCAUUUGAAAAGAUGCUCGAGGAUUAUAAACGACGUGCUGCUUACGGUUUUAUUGUUGCAUUAUACUUCCUACCGUUUUUAUACGGUUUUGGUGACGACCCAGAUAAAAACAAUGAUACUACAGCUUCUUCUUCUACAACCGCAACUGAUACUAGUACAAAGGAUAAUAAAGAUUUAACAACGAUUACAUGGGCGGGUGGUGAUGCUAUGUCAGCUGUAUUUGCUGAUAUGUUAUUAGAGUUAAAAGAUACUGGUUGUUUAAAUCACAUUAUUUUAUGAUGUUAUUCAACGCAUGUCUAGUUAUCGCGCCUUAUCAUAUUUGAAAAGCAAACCCUAAAUGGCCGAUUACCGAUCGGUGUUCAAUGAUUUGUCAAAAAGCAAAUGUUGUCAUGUGUUCUUAAAUAGUGUUUGAUUAUGAGGGUCAUAGACAAACUCUAUUAUUAUCACAAGAGUAAAUAAUCUUGACACUAAAUAUAUUUGGAAUGAGUAGUAGUCCAAUCUAACAACUUGUAUACCAGUAUCUAUAUGCAUGCGUUUAUUAUUUUUUUAAAUUACAAUAAAAUAAAAAAUGAGUGGUGAAAGCAGUCAAGAACUAGUAUCAUAACCCCACCUAAUUUAAGGUUUACUUUGCUGGUAUAAUAUUUCGCAAAAAUCAGGCAUUUGUUGAAUAAAGUAUGGUGCAUAGCACGUGGGGUGUCAUUAUCCGUCAUACACAAUGUUUUUAGCACUCGGCAUUCGUGUAUAUGCAUCUAUAACUCAUGUUAAAAACAUCGAUUCUCGUAAAAAGACCUACUUAGCCCACUAGUUUUACAAUGUACUAUUUUUAGCAGUUAAGGCCGAGCAAAACGAUCUAAUAAAAAACUUCUUGGAGAUAUUUAUAAAUCACGUUAUUUAUCAACACCUAUC